UGUCAAAGCAAAUCCAGAGACUGGCCUUUUUGUCUGGGGAGCUGCCUGUGAAGAAGCAGUGAAUGUGCGGCUCCACUUGUCUAACUAGGCACAUCCAAGCCAAAGAAACUGCAUCAUCAUGGAAUCCGCUCUCACUCUCAACACUGGAGCACGGAUGCCUGUCGUAGGUCUGGGGACAUGGAAGUCCUCCCCAGGAGAGGUCACAGAAGCUGUAAAGGUGGCCAUCCUGGCUGGUUACCGUCACAUCGAUGGAGCUCACGUCUAUGAGAACGAGAAGGAGGUUGGGGCCGGCAUCCAUGCCAUGAUUGACCAAGGAGUGGUGAAAAGAGAGGAGCUUUUCAUCGUCAGCAAGCUGUGGUGCACGUAUCAUGAGAGAUCUCUGGUCAGAGGAGCCUGUGAGAAAACCCUGAGUGACCUAAAGCUGGACCAUCUGGAUCUCUACCUGAUGCAUUUCCCUAUGGGCCUUAAGCCUGGAGAAGAGCUCUUUCCUUUUGAUGCUGAGGGCCAAGUGAUUCCAGAUAACAGCAGCUUUCUGGAGACAUGGGAGGAAAUGGAGAAGCUGGUGGACGCUGGGCUGGUCAAGGCCAUCGGCAUCUCCAACUUCAACCGAGAGCAGAUUGAAGCCGUCCUGAACAAGCCAGGCCUCAAAUACAAACCUGUCAACAACCAGAUUGAGUGUCAUCCCUACCUGACGCAGGAGAAGCUGAUCAACUUCUGUCACUCAAAGGGCAUCACAGUGACUGCGUACAGCCCUCUGGGGUCGCCUGAAAGACCAUGGGCGAAUGCAGAUGAACUGUCCCACCUGAAGGACCCACAGAUCAGAGCCAUAGCCGACAAGUAUAAGAAAACAACGGCACAGGUCCUAAUCCGGUUCCAUAUUGAGAGGAAUGUUGCAGUUAUUCCCAAAUCCACUAAUCCAGGGAGAAUCAAAGAAAAUUUCCAGGUCUUUGAUUUUAAGCUGAGGAAGGAAGAUAUGAACACCAUUCUGAGCUUCAACAGGAACUGGAGAGUUUUUCCAAUGGACUGGGCUUCUAAGCACAAGGACUUCCCACUGAACGCAGAGUACUGAGCUCCUCACCUGCACAGCCUGAACGUUCCUUCAGUUCUGCGGUCAAGGAAAUCAUUUUCUAUGAUGCCUGUAUCGUGAUGUUUCGUAACAUUGGUAACAAUGUAUCAUUAAGCACAUCGCUGUUGUCGGAACAAAACCUUGCAUCUCCGUUUUUGUCGAUUUUCAGUUUUUGACGUGAUAUGAAAAUGCAUGUUGGCCGUCAUAUUCUGUGUAAAUUCCAUGAAGGAUGGACCAAAAUAA